AGAUACACCCGCACUUUGCCUUUUGUCGGCUCUACUCGCAGUGUCACUGCUGUCAUCUAGAGCAUAUGCCCGCCGUUUGUCGUCCCCAGAUGCGCUCCCAUUCCCAGGAGAGCAGGAUAUGAUUAUUCCCCAAAGCGCCAUAGCCAUACCCACCCCCACAGCUAAAGCGACAGCAUCCACUGUGGGGUCAGUCAGGGUGAACUCCACCAGCUCCAGAGAGAUCCAAAAAGAUUCCACAAAUCUUUUUGCACGAGCAGCAACAGAAGGAGGCUCCGCUGUGAAGCACAUUCGUCGAGCGAAACGAGAAUUUUUUGUGGAUACCCCGUUCGACUUUCACACGAUGCAUUUGUUCUGCGACAUCGACAUGCUGGGGAGGCACCGCCUCAUCUGGUUCUUCCCGAAUCACUGCAUUUGGGUCUGGAACAACAAGUACGCACACGAGGGAUUCUAUCGACUCUACAAGAUGUACCAGCUGGAGGCCUUCUUCUUUGGCCAGUGGAAUGUGCGGCUCUUCCAGUACGAGCUUGAGAAGGCAACUUUUUACGCUAACUAGGAUCGGACUAUAGAGUAGAGUCUCCUCUGCCGCUACCGCUACUGUCGCCGCUGCUGCCGGUUGUGCCAUGAUAAUGAGAAUCCGAUGAGAUUUAUCCGUACUAGAUGCCAGCCAUCGGAAUGUAAUAGACUCUUUUAUAUAUCAGUGUUUAUUGAAUAUUAAAUCGAAGAAAAAAUUA